UAUGUCGUCUAUAAAUAUGAUACGAUGAAGGCCUUUUAUACGCCAGUGUUUUAACUUUUUUCAUGGAAUACACAAUAUGGAAAUGUUAAGCGGGAAGUCGAUAGAAUUUAUUAUCAGUUUUUUUUUCUUACAAGUUCAUUUCCGACAAAUGAGUAAACCUUUGUAUAACCGUAUUGCUUAAUUUCAUUUAGCUAUGUAUUGCCAAUAUCCUCUAAGGACCGGGACUUGUUUAGUUAUGCUAGGUCACAAAACGCUCCGCGCUACCAAUUUUUCAACAUAACAAAAUAAUCCAAACCUAACAUAGAAGAGAAAUAUUAGCUAGAAUUAUUGAUGAUUAUCGCUGAUCAACUAAUUAAGAUAUUUCUCUUGGGUGGGUUGGGUGUUUUCGACAUAGCUCUCAUUUACCAUCGGUCGCUGCUAUGUUGUAGUCCGUGGUUAGUACAUGUUGGACGACAUCAUGAACGGAAGAACCAGGAUUACAGAGAACGUCUGCCACUUUGGUGUGUUUUUCACGGCUUGUACAUUACUUGCAAGUAAUUAUUUGGAAGCUGCCAGUUCGUACGUUUACUAUAGCGAUCAAAUGAACUGGUAUGAAGCGAAAGCAAAAUGUGCUGCCUACGGACAGAUACUGGUGAAGAUCGACACCCAGGACGUUUUUGACGAGCUGAGGAUGAUGGAUGCAGAUUUUAAUGGAGCUAUAUCGGGAGGCGAGUUUUGGACUGGUUUGCACACGUCAACAGACACCUGCAUUGACUUUAAAUGGGACGACGGAGUCACGGCUAGUUGGCUCCGAUGGGACUCGAAUGCUGGUGAUCCGAACAAUUGUAAUACCGAAAAGUGUGUCCGGCUGUUUCAGAGCAGAAUGAGAACAAAGGCAUGUACAGCCACAUAUCCUUUUAUGUGCCAAGCCGUAGAAGAAACUACCACCGUCCCUUCGACGGAGGCUCCGUCAACAGAAAGUCUAGGGGAACCAACUACUGCCUCAACAACGAAUUCUCCGACUGAAACCGAAGCAAACACUGUUUCAACGACCAAUUCUCCGACAACUGAAACAGAAACUACGGCUGUCCCUUCAACGGAGAUUCCGUCAACUGAAGUCAAAGCAGAAACAACCACUGUUUCAACGACGGGUUCUCCGACUGAAACAGAAAUAACCACUGUUUCAACGACGGGUUCUCCGACUGAAACAGAAAUAACCACUGUUUCAACGACGGGUUCUCCGACUGAAACAGAAAUAACCACUGUUUCAACGACGGGUUCUCCGACUGAAACAGAAAUAACCACUGUCCCUUCAACCGAGAUUCCGUCAACUGAAGACAAAGAAACACAAACCAUGUUGACGGAUGAAUCUACAACUAUCACUUCCGGUGUGGUUGGUGGAACUGGAUAUACCUCUUCCGGUUUGGUUGAAACCGAAGUCUCAACCCCUGGUGGCCUAGGAUAUGGAAACUGCCUCUGUGACGGUAAUCCGCUGAAUAAUUCCUAUCGGCUUCGCGGGAUUAUUCCGUCCUCCACUGCCCACAAAAACAGUCUGAUGAUGGCGGGGUACGUCCGAUCAUGCUCAGCGAGAAUUUAUUGGGGAAAUGGUACAUUAUCACUUAGCCAUGAAGAAAAGCUGGCUUUGCUUAAUGCUUUAAAAGACCAGCUGAAUGUAGCGAAGGACACCACCAGCUUAUACAGACGUGCGCGUAUCAGUGCCCCUGACGAUAGGCCCAGUGCUGUAUCCGUCGGCUCCUUGGGGAUCUGCCUCCUUGUCGGCUUCGCUGUGACAGUGCUGGCGACAGAUGCUACAACGUUAUACAGAUACUGGAAAAACUUAAAAAGAAAUGUGAAUUGAAAAGCAAUCAUAGCACAUUUCAGGCAUAAAAAAGACUCUAUAAAUUCUUCAUAAUAUCACAUCAAAAAUGUUAUUUUAAAACAACUCUUUUUAUAUCCCGUUCUUGGAGAUAUACAUUCCCAGUAGAAUUAUUUGACUGUGUUGUAGUAUUUCUAUUCUCUCUGUAAUAUUUUCGUAUCAAAAAUUGUUUGUUAAUGUUUCCUAUUGGUGCAGUAAUAUCCGUUUUAAUAAACGAUUUUACCUAGCUGUUGGCGGUUUGCUUUGAUUCCACUUCAAAAUCGGUUAAAGCACCGUAAAAUUUUAAUUAAGAGUCAGACAUGCCUUUCCAUCUUUACAAACAUGCACUAUACGGAUGUUUCAUCCUUCUUUGACACUUCACUGAUACUGGGAUCCCAAAACCAAGAACACAGAAGUCCUGCUGUUUAAUUUACUGUUUCUAUAACGCCUAACUGAAUCAUCUCGUUUCUAAUGGUACUAUUCAGCGUCACAUCAAACAAGGAAGAAUAUAGAGUUUGCCCCUAUUUAAAUUUUUCCAAUUAUAGUCAAUAUAUGUAUCUAACCACCUGCCAAUAUAAUUAUAAUGUAGUUCUAUCUAUGUACAUCGUCUUGU